AUGAUAGAUUUCUGCAAGGGCCAAGGCAUCAAAGUAUUUCUUUCCCUUGGUGGGAGGCCUGAUCUUUCUCCUGAUGAUGCUCAGAAAGUUGCAGAUGAUAUCUGGAACAAUUUUUUGAAUAAUAGUGCAGGCCAUGGUCCUCUCAAUGCUACUGUAGAUGGAAUAGACUUCCGUAUCCAAAGCGGAUCAAACCAGAGUCUGGAUGUUCUCGCCCAGGCACUCUCGGCUUAUAGCAUACCUGACAGAAAGGUGUACUUAUCUGCAGCACCACUUUGUCAAAUUCCUGACGAUUUCUUGACGCUGCUAUCAAAACUGGCGUCUUUGACUACGUGUGGGUGCAAUUUUUCGAUGAUCCUUCAUGUGAAUACAGUCCAGAAAGUCCGUCUCCCCUCAUCACAAGUUGGAUUGCAUGGUCUUGUUAUCUAG